UGACACGACCCUAUAAAAGCGCCGCUGUCGUCAACUGUCUUUCAAACAGCAGUACGAUGGACACCGAUCCUGACACGUCCUGAGAGGCAUGCUUGUUCCCGUCUUGUGUUUUUGUCGGCGGUGAAGAUGGAAGUCACGUUAAACCAAAGUGAAGCGUUGAACCGAAGCGCGCAUGGCGAGGAGACUUUCGAAGGGGGCGCAGACGGGAGCCCUUUCCUGAGGAUCCUCAUCUCGGUAGUCUACUCGGUGGUCUGCGCCGUGGGCUUGGUAGGAAAUCUGCUAGUCUUUUACCUCAUGAGACUACGACAAGGACGGAAGAAGUCGGCCAUCAACUUUUUUAUCAUCAACCUGGCGGUGACCGACUUUCAGUUCGUGUUGACACUGCCCUUCUGGGCCGUGGACACGGCUUUGGACUUCAGCUGGCCAUUCGGAGACACCAUGUGCAAAGUGGUGCUGUCCCUCACCGUCAUGAACAUGUACGCCAGUGUCUUCUUCCUCACUGCCAUGAGCGUCACCAGAUAUUUGUCCGUCACUUCGGCGCUCAAGCGGUCCGCGCACAGAUGGUCUCGGUGCGUCAAGUGGGUGUGCGCCUCCCUGUGGGUUGCGGCCACGGUGGCCACGGCUCCCACCGCGGUCUUCUCCGCCGUCACCGUGGUCGCCGGAGAAAAACUCUGCCUCCUGAAAUUCCCGGAAGGACACGACUGGCUCGCUCUUUAUCACAUCCAAAAAAUACUCGUAGCUUUUAUUAUCCCUCUGCUUAUCGUCUCCGUCAACUACCUGAUGCUCCUGCGCUUUAUCAAACGCAAGAGCAUGUGCGUCAACAGCCGACAGAAGAGGUCCAAAGUCACCAAAUCGGUGGCCAUUGUUGUUUUAUCCUUUUUCUGCUGUUGGAUGCCAAACCACGCCAUCACUUUCUGGGGCGUUUUGGUCAAAUUUAACGCAGCCAACUGGAAUUGGUCCUACUACAUGGUGCACGCGUAUGUAUUUCCAAUCACUGUGUGCUUGGCGCACGCUAAUAGUUGCUUGAACCCCGUACUCUACUGUCUAAUGAGGCCAGAGAUCAGGAAGAUGCUAAGUGCUUUAUUCUGGAGGGCUCCCACUCCUUGCACCGGCAGCAAGGACGCAUGCAAAGCGCACUCUGAUACGCCCGGCCACAUCCAAGCGGUCAGGACUACUGCUAAUGUCGACUUCACCUUGUCUGUCGUCGGUAACUAAAGUCUCAAAAACAACGUGGAUUUCUCUAAUUCUAUAUCAUAAAGCUUACUUUAAAUCUCGAAUGAUCACUGAUGUGAUCAUCCUGCGCAAUGCUUUUACUUUUUGUAUUGAUGUAGGGCACAUGUAUUCCAUCCUGUCAAAACGUUAUGCUGUGUAAAUAUUACAAGGGUUAGAAAGUAGAAACGUAAUUUCGGUGGAUUGUAGCGCUGAAAACUCUAUUUUUUUAAAAUUUGGAAUCAAAUGUGUGUAUAUGGGAGGAGGUAAUUCAUUAUAGUGUGUCUUAUAUUAUGUGUAC